CAUUUUUGAGUGGUUUGCCUGCAAACCACUCCCCGUGUUUCCAUCGCAAUUGCACGUGAUAAUACCAAAGAAGUGAUAUAAGGCUUGUUGAGUGAGUAUCCAGUUACGCAUUAAAGGAUUCCCAGUUGCCAGAUCGCCCCCGAAAAAAGAGUGGAUAUUGUGAAUCACAGAAUAUUCGCAGAAAGAACACAAUAGCUUGGUCAAAUAUUUUGGAUGGAAAGAAAAAUUUUUCCUCACAUUAGUUGGUGGUUAAUGACUAAAGAGAAUCGCGUCUUGUAAUUUGUAUUAAGUGAUGAAUCACUCCAAUCUUGUAGGUUGUCGAAAUCUUAAAAAGAAAAUGUAAUAUUGAAAAUAAAUGUGUAAAUUGGUUCAAAUAACAAUUUAUUAACAUUAUUACGUACGCUAUCACUUAACGACCUUUUGAGAAUUUUUAUUUAUGUGAUGAUUUUCGCAGAAAAACGUGAAGCUUUUAUUUCCUCUCGCCACCCAAUCGUACAUCAUUGGCCUGGCUAUUUGCCCCAUCCCUCCAUCACAGACUGCCCGCCACAGGCGAAUUCUCUCUGUGUAUAUUUUGAAAGUUUGAGAAGUGACGAGAUCACUGCCAAGUGCCAGAUUUUUUCCCCUCUCUCUGCUGUCCAAGUGAGUUACAAUGCAAAACAAUAUUUGCCCACAUGAGAGAGAACAGGUAGCCUUUCCACGUAAUGUAAUCUGGCGAGAGGAACCGCGGAGAUUAACAGUAUCAUGCACGCAGGACAGCUUCAGCACGCGCUGAGCACCGCGAGGCGAUGAUAGAGGGAAAGAGAGAGAGAGGGAGAAAGAGAGAAAAGUCAGUACUAUUGACUUGUUUUAAGAGAGAAGGCUACAAUGUGUGAAAAUGUUAGGCACACACUCUACGCGACGAUACGACGUAGUCUCGGAGCCCCACAGCUCCCCUUCUUUUGGAGAAUCUCACAUAACGAGGCUGUAGCAAAAAGCGCCAAACAGUUGUGAAAACUAGUCAGUUACAAUCAAACUCUCCCAGGAGCAACAACCACUCACUACACUCUCUCGCAGCGGAUCAUUUUCUCCUUCGCGAUCAAGUCAAGAGUCCUCCACCAGUGCGACUAUUAAUUGCAGUCUCUGGCAGCGCUUAAGUUCUAAGUGAAGCAAAUUGCAAAGUGAUAUUAACAAGUCCGUUACAUUGUUAAGUGCCUAAAUGAGGAUAUUACUAAUUCACUAAAAUCAUCACACUUUAGUGCUGUUUGGAGGGAAAGAAAAGAAGCGAGAGAAUUAAGUUCACGCCAGGCAAGGUUGCCCCAGUGAUACAAAGGAAGAUUAUUAAUGAGAACGUUCAAUUUGGCAAAUUUCAUGACGAUUUUCGUACAUUUAAGUGUGUGCUGGUAGUUUUUAUGUUUAAGAACGCACCAGAGAAUAUAUAAUAUUUUAUUUUCACUCGCUCCCCCCUCCCUAAAUCCCCGUCACAACGAACCGCGCCACCGUUCUGCUCACCUUCGUGGAGUGUUUGCUUAAAGUACAAAGACGAAGUUCACGUCACACUUCCGCGCACUUUUCACAGUCAAGAAGACUUAAAGGGAAAACCUCAGCCAGCAUCUUCGGCAAGUGACCUUCCACACUCAUCCCGACUCUUCUCUUCUGUUCACAAAGAGGCGACACGCGCAAAAACCAUAUCACGGGACAGCAUAGAAUGGUAGAAAGUGAUUCCGAUACCAACACCUCAAGUAAUUGUAAUGUAACUGACGAUCGUCUAAAGAACGGCGUCGGAUCCAAAGAGCUAGAGCUGAAGAGUAUCUCUGCUCCGGUAAAUUCUACUACACGUUCGGAACUCACACCACCCACGCUCGAGGCGUCCCACAUCAAGGAGAAGAGUCUCAAGGACCCCGAGAAGGGGCACAACCUCAAGGCGGACUUCGAGGAGGCCAUCGAACUCGCUGGCUAUGGACGCUUCCACUACAUUCUACUAGCAAUAUGCGGCCUGGUGAGCACGAGCGAGGAGAUGGACGUCAUCUCGAUGUCCUUCAUCCUCCCGUCGGCUCAGUGCGACCUUAACCUGAACACGCAGACCAAGGGAUGGCUCAACUCUAUCAUCUUCAUCGGGAUGAUGGUGGGCGCCUAUGCGUGGGGCAGCGUGGCUGACUCCCUCGGCAGGAAGAAGGUGCUCAUUGUCAUCUCCGUGAUGAAUGCCAUGUGCAUCGUCGCGUCGUCCUUCUGCCAGACCUACGCACUCUUCAUGGUGUUUCGCUUCCUCAACGGCGCUGCAUUGGGCGGGAGUGGACCGGUCAUCUGGUCCUACUUCGCCGAGUUCCAGCCAAAGUCCAAACGUGGCUCCAUGCUCAGCUUCAUGGCGGCCUUCUGGACGCUGGGCAACCUCUUGGUUGCCGGCAUGGCGUGGCUCAUCAUCCCGUCAUCCAUUGGUCUCUACACGCCCUACUUCAUCUACAACUCCUGGCGCAUCUUCCUGAUGGUCUGCUCGCUGCCGUCAUUCCUCGUGGCCGCUCUGCUGCUGUACUUGCCCGAGAGUCCCAAGUUCCUGCUGUCGCAGGGACGCAAUGAGGAGGCGCUGGCCAUCUUCAGGGGCAUCUUUGUGACCAACACAGGCAAAUCCAAGGACUUGUACCCAGUCAAAGAGUUACUCAUCGACGCCAAACUGCAGACAGAGCUGGAGAGCACAUCGAAACCCAUCAAGGGAAAGUAUGUGACAAUGCUGGCGGACAUCAUGGACAACAGCAAGCAGCUCUUCAUGUCGCCCAUCCUGAGAUUCACCAUUAUCUCCAUCACCAUCAACUUCACCUUCCACAUCGGCUACUACGGCCUCAUGAUGUGGUUCCCGGAGCUCUUCAAUCGCUUCGAUGAGUACGCACGCAACCAUCCCGGCGAGGAGGCCUCCGUGUGUCAAGUGACCAACUAUGUGGUCAGUUCUGGUUCACACUCCGACGCAGGCGUCUGCUCCGCGAAGAUCCCCAGCAGUGUCUUCAUGGAGUCCCUCAUCACCGUGGCCUCCGCCCUGCCCGCCAACAUCCUCGCAGUCAUCGGCAUGGACCGUCUGGGCCGCAAGUUCUUCCUCGUCUUCAGUACAGUCUCGGCUGGCCUCUGCUCAGCCGGAAUGUACUUUGUCUACAACAAAACGCACAACCUCAUCGUGUCAGCCGUCUUCAGUGGCGUGAUCUCCUGUGGAAAUGCAGCCUUGGAUUGUCUCAUCACUGAAGUCUUCCCCACAAAUCUCAGGGCCACGGGAGUUGCCAUAUCCAUGGUGGCCGCGCGUCUAGGCGGCAUCAUUGGCAAUGUCGUCAUAGCCACCCUACUGGACAUGUACUGUCCCGCCCCCACAUUCAUCGUGGCCUUCCUUCUUGCCGGCGGUGGCCUCAUGUGUCUCUUCUUGCCUAAUACAACACGCACAGCACUUUCCUGAUAUCGGCUCACGCACCGCAGCGCUCAAUGAAAGAAUUUCCUAAUCUCGAAUGUAGACUAGCAAAUAUUCACCACUUUAGAGUAUUGUGCCUAGCAUAGUGUUGUAAAUCAAGGUUAAGAUGGGUGAUAGAAAGCUCAGAAGAUUCAUGUGUAAAACCCUAAGACAAAGCAUCCAGCUAAAGUUGAAUGUCUCCGCACGCUCACACGUCUACCAAUUGAGUCAGCCACUCUCUCAUUAUCCGGUUGAUUCUCCUUUCCUAUACAAUGCAAAAUAUGUUUGCAUAUAUAAUAUAUUUUUGGCUGACCACAUUUAUUCAUUUCUUGAUUUGUAGGUAAAUGAAUUACCAAGUUGUGCCAUAACUAACGUAAUAUAAUCAGCAUUAUUAUGCGAAGUGACCCGACUUCCCGAUCCCUCAGACCACCCUCCACUCUUGUCCCCAAUUUCAAUCACAACAAAUUCUCGUUAGCACGGUAAGGGUAUACCAAUUAGUAGACUAGUGUAGUUUGCAGUAUUUAUCGCGCACAGUUGGAAAUUACACAACUUUCGAAAGAUAUUUUGUAUUUACUUCUCCACAACCUCCCUUGUAUCAAUUCCAAUACUGUUGUAUUAUAUUUUAAGAGUGUAAUAUUCCUUCUGAAUAAAUAAACAUGAAUUUAUAAA